CUUUCCCCUAACCCACCACAAGACCGUAGAUAACCCAUCAGCUCAGCUCUCACCACUUUUGUGCCUAUGAGUUUCUGGGAUGAGAGGUGCUCUUACCAAAAGAGAAGGAACUAUGUGACAUGAUAUUGGAUUGGCUGACAUGUGAAAUCGAGGGCCUCAUGGCUAUGCUGAGGCAGUAUCAUGGCGACACAGGCUUUAGUGAGAGGAGCCUGAACCCUUACACAGAAAAGGAGGGUCUGAGACUGGGUCUGUGUGGCUGGGUAAAGAACACCAACAAGGGCACUGUGGUCGGCCAGGUUCAGGGGCCUGCAGACAUGAUCUGUGAGAUGAAGGUGUGGCUGUGUAAGGAGGGGAGUCCCAGCUGUUCCAUCACCCGAGCCUCAUUCUCCAAUGAGAGAUCCAUUGACAAGGUGGAGCUCUUUGGCUUCAAGACACGCUUCUGAGGAACUCCCUUCAUCCAACGCCACUCUAACCACACCCUCUCCAGUGCUUUUACCACAUCAAUGUCACCUACGGUCUCUGUGGGUACCACCUUAUGUUUCUAAAUGCAUUGUUUCGUUCCCAACCUUUCGGAAAAAUACAUUAAAAAAAUGUCAAGAUUUUUUGAGAUGCCUAAAUCGAUUAUGCAGACAGUUUGAAAUUGUGUGACAUUUAAAAAAAAGUAGAAGCUAAUCCAAAUAGUUGCUCAUCCAAAAGUUGUUUUUCUCAUAAAUGCAUUCCCCGUCUGAACAUUUUGAAUGUUACAUUCAGGCUGGCAGAGCAGCAUAUAUUGUCAGGCAGCUUUGUGCUUUGCAGAUUCUCAAUGCUUUUCUUCUGAACAUGUAAUGCAAUAAAUAAAACCAUUCAAGCUCGACGUUAUUAGAAUUCAAUACAAAUGCACUAUUAAAUAGUUAAUGGUGUUUUGGGGUGGCAGGGUAGCCUAGUGGUUAGAGCAUUGGACUAGUAACCGAAAGGUUGUAAGUUCAUAUCCCUGAGCUGUCGUUCUGCCCCUGAACAGGCAGUUAACCCACUGUUCCUAGGCCGUCAUUGAAAAUAAGAAUCUGUUCUUAACUGACUUGCCUAGUAAAAUAAAAAAAUAAAAAAUGUGUCCCU